AUGGUCUACUGCGGUCGCCCUUCCACAAGUUGCAAUAAUUGUCGCGCCAAAAAGAGAAGAUGCGACAAAGCAGUCCCCGAAUGCGGCCAAUGUUGGCGCACGGGUCAGAAAUGCCCGGGAUACAGAGAUCCCUCCAGCCUCAUCUUUCGCGAUGAGAGCACUCAAGUCAUCAACCGCGCCCGCUCAAAAGUCUCCAAGAGGACGUCGGCGACCACUCCAACCGACCGCCGCUCGGUGGAACGCACAGCUUCACCACAGGCACAGAUACAACUACAACACCAACUAGAACAACAACAACAACAGCAACAGCAACAGCAACAACAGCAACAACAAAACACUUCCGCACCAGACUAUCCGACCAGCCGCCCUUCCGAUGUUGUCGACGAGACCAUGCUGGACAUGACCGACGUCGAUGUUGGAGCCGGGAUUUUCGCCGGCGCCAGCUUCAUGCCCGACUUAAUGAGCUUCCCCGACCCUUUCAACCCGGAUGAGACGGGGCUCUUCUCCCUCCAUCCGGAUGUCUCGCCCAGCGCCAUGCCGGUAUCGGGUGACGGUCCUGCAUCCGCUGCUUCUGUUCCUGCCUCCGUGUCUGGGCGCCGUUCGCGUAUCGGUGCUUCGAGCGUAGGCGGCGAUGAUGUGGCUCUCGAUCAUUUUCCUGAUGACGGCACCCACCGCGGCGACCGCCAACAGCUCGGACACAACGACUUCACCAGCAGUCAGCUCGAGGUCAUCGCGCGUCCCAUCUCCUUGCCUCUCGUCGUCAUCGGUCUCGAUUUCUUCUUCUCUCACUAUGUCGUUCCGCAGUCCGGCCCCUCCUCCGGCUUUUUGGACUACGCGCCGGCCAUGCUAGCGCAAGACGACGGCGGAAAUGACAUGCUUGAGGGUGCCAUUCUGGCGCUCGGCUUCAGUGGGCUCGCUCGCACCACGAACCAGACCGACCUGUUGACCCGGUCCAUGAUGAUGUACACCCGCACCAUGGAGCGCGUCAAUCUCGCCCUCGCCGACCCCCAGGCCGCCCGUCGCGACAGCACCAUUGUCUCGGUCCUCGUCCUCGCCCUCUACGAGUUCAGCAGGGCCUCUCUCGACGGCUGGAAGCACCACAUUGAGGGGGCUACUUCGCUCCUCAACCUGCGCGGCCGCUCCCAGUUCUCCACCCCGACCGGCCUGCAGAUCUUCAAGGAUGUCUUCUCCCAACUCCUCACCAACUGCAUGCGCUCCGGCUCUCCCAUGCCCUCGAGCCUACGCAUGCUGCGCAUCGAGGCCACCAACGCCCUCAGCAUCUCGGAUCCCUACUGGGUCGCCUGCAGCGGCAKGGUCGAGCUUCUCGAUCUCUAUCAGCACAUUUCCCCGGGCGGCUACUCGUUCUUUCCCAACUCUUCCGGCAUCUCCUCCUCUUCCUCCUCCACCUCCUCCGCUCCCGCCGCCCCUUCCGAUUCCUCCAACUCCCCCUCUGCUGUUUCCGGUUCGUCCCCGGCCUCUACCUCCUCCAUGGCCUCCGGUCCUCUCAAGGGUGCCAGCAUGUCCAUUGAGUACCUCGAGCGCUACCUCUCGCAGGCGCUCGAGAUUGACUACCGCCUCGAAAGCACCUUCUCCAACUGCCCUACCGAGUGGCAGUUCACCACCCAAUCCAACUCGUCUAGCAACACCUACGAUCCGACUCGUAUCCAGCGCGACGUCCACCACAUCUACCACGAUGUCUGGAUCGCCGACGUCUGGAACAGCAUGCGCACCUGCCGCAUCCUGGCCAACCACGCCAUCAGCCACCUUCUCCUCCGCGGCGCCAACACCGACAGCAAUUGGUUCUUCGCCAACAACUAUGCCGAACGCCUGCACCAGGCCACCCAAACCAUCGUCCGCAUGCGCGACGAGAUGCUCGCCUCCGUGCCCCAGCUCAUGGGCUACGCCACCUCGCCGACACAGGAGCUGCAGCUGCAGCAACAGCAGCAGCAGAAGCAGCCGCCCGAGCGCGCCAAGAACAUCGCCGGCUCGGCCGUCGGCGGCUACUUUGCCUGCUGGGUUCUCCUCACCGUGGGCUGCAUGCACAACCUCGGCCACGAGACCCGUGCGUACACGGCCGCCCAAUUGCGCCGAAUCAGCUGCGAAGCAGGGCUUGCGCAGGCAGAGGAUUUCGCCAACUUUGUUCAAUCAAGCAACCUCCGUCCACCAUUAAGUGGAUAG